UAUAAAAACACUGGCCUACAAGAGUAACUUUACACAAAUACAGAGUUUUAGUACAUUUUGAAAUACAUGAUAUGAGUCAGUCUGCAAAACUUUAUUUCUCAUGUUUUUGCUCAUUUAUUUGUCAGAACCUAACUUUGAACAUUUAAGCUAAAAGGUUUCAGRAUGAAGAGGAGGAUGCAGCUCCACCUCCAGCAGUGAUGGCCCAUCAUGACCUGAAAAGGUCCAGGAGACUCCCUCUAAGGUUCUAUUGUUCCAGCAGACCUUAUAUCCAGAGUGGACCACUGCAGAUCUCUGUGGAAGCCCUGUGGUUUGUCUGCAGCCUGGUUCUCCAAGAACAAGAUGAGCAGCCCGGCUGAGAAGCUCAAACAUCGGCGUGUUCUUUUUGGUGCGAGGCCUCGGAAAGAAGCCUUCAGGAAAGCCAAAACAUACUUGGCAAAGAUCGCCCUCGUCCUCYAUGAUGCUCCGGACCAGAUGCUCAUGUUUCCACAGUUGAUGGAAAGGUUUGAGGCCCUGACUUCAGGAGACCAAAAACAUCUCAAGAGCAAAAUCAGACUCUGUUUAUCAACCAACAAAUGCUUCGUUGAGAUCCCAGGGACUCCGGACUCAAAGCAAAGCAGGAGGACCUGCUGGAAACUGGACUGCAGUCUGAUCACAGCAAAGAUGGCGCGUCACCACUUCGCCGGACUCYUGCCGUUCUUCCCAGAGCUGGCCUCCAAGGUGGGCCUCUGCACCACCACUACCUCCGCAGCAUCAGGGCCGUCGUCACCUGGAUCACCCUGUUCGCCACCGUCACGCCGGGCAUCACCCCCCCUGCCAGCGUCACCGUUAUCAGCAUCCACCACAACAUCAGAGACCUGCAGCUCCACUGAUUCUGACUCCAGCUGGAGUGGAAGCAGCGGCGAUGAGGACACUUUUCUCCUUCCUUGAGACGCAGAGGAAGAGUGAAGCUUUCCCGGCCGAACACGAACGUCUUCUGGCGAAAAGGCAAGAGGGCCAGGUAGAGGCAYGUGAGGCCUGGGAGCAGUGGGAGGCCAUGAGUAGGAGGCAGCAACUUGCUCAGGAUGAAGAUUACAGGAACAUAAUGGCCGAGCUUGUGGAGGUCAGMAGCAGCCAGCUCAACCCCACUGACUGACUUCAUUUCUGUUAGAUAAAAGUUUCUGCUUUGGCUUCUCUGCAUUUCCAAAAAUAAACUUUGUGCUUCUUCUAUUGCA